AUGGGAUUCGCCAAGCUAGGUAGCUACCCCAGGCUGCUCGUGGCCGCUGAUCCGUCGCGCCUGGAGCUGGGGACGCUUUUUGUUGGUCUGGCAUCCUCAAUUGCUUCCGGUGUCCCCUUCCCCAUCAUCGGUAUUAUCUUCGGUCAAUUGCUCGAUGACUUCAACUCCGUCACAUGUAGCGAGUCCUCUGGCGGGGGCUCCGACUCCGACGAACAAGGUGGCAUUAACAGCAAGAUUCUCCUGAUUGUGUAUCUGGGAAUUGCCCAAUUCGUCCUGAUCUACAUUCACUUGCUGUGCUGGACUAUGACGGGCGCCCGUCUCGCGCAGCGCCUGCGCGAAAAGUAUCUCAAGAACUUGCUUCGUCAAGAACCAUCGUUCUUUGACAAUUUGCCCGCGGGUGAGGUUGCCUCUCGUUUGAAUACCGAUAUUCAGACCAUUCGCUCUGGUACUGCCGAGAAGGUCGGAAUCUGUAUUUCCAGUUUCUCCUUCUUCGUCACUGCAUACAUUGUCGCGUUUAUCAAGGAUUAUAUUCUGGCUGCGAUGUUGAUUUCGCUCAUUCCUGCGUACUUCUUGAUGUCGUUCGUCGGAAGUCAUUAUAUUGAGAAAUACACCGGGCGCAUGUCUGACUUUGCGGCCUCCGCCGCAUCUAUCGCCUCCGAGGCGCUCAACAACAUUGUUGUUGUACAGGCCUUCGGCGCAAACAGUCGCUUGGAAGAGAAGUUUUCCAAGGCCUUGAAGGACUCUGAAACCGAGGGCCUGAAGAAGGCCACCGCUACCGGUAUCCAAGCUGGUGUCUUGUACUUCAUCGCGUACGGUGCCAACGGUCUCGCGUUCUGGCAGGGAAGUAGACGUAUCGCAGAUGCUGUGCGUUCCGGUACUGCCGGAGCUACUGUUGGAUCUACCUUCACUGUCAUCUUCGUUUUGGUUGAGGCCACUCUGCUUCUGAGUCAAGUCGCACCCUUCAUCCACCUGUUCACACAGGCUGUUGCUUCUUACCACAAGCUGCGCGAUGAUAUUGAUCGCCCAUCGUUGAUCGAUGGAUCCUCCACCGAGGGUAUCCGCCUUUCUCAGGCAGAGGGCGGAUUCGAAUUCCGAGAUGUCUCUUUCAUCUACCCUUCCCGCCCCGAGAUCACCGUCCUCAAUGGUAUCAACCUUUCCAUCGCCCCGAAGAAGCACACUGCUAUCGUCGGUCUCUCUGGAAGUGGAAAGUCCACCAUCGCCGGUCUCGUUACCCGUCUCUAUGAUGCCACCGAGGGUGAAAUUACCUUCGAUGGACAGAAGCUCACCGAGUUGAACACCCGUGACCUGAGAGGUUUCUUGAGUCUUGUGCAGCAAGAACCUUCUCUUCUUGACCGAUCUCUUUUGGAAAACAUCGCCCACGGUUUGAUGAACUCAAGCAACCCGGCUCAUGCCCACCUCAAGCCCAUUCUCCUUGGUACUUCUCUCGAUGACCUCGCCACCGAGGUGAGGGAGGGUCAAGAUCUCAAUGCCGCCGCAGAGAAGCGCGGUGCCGAGGUCGUCGAAAUUGUCGAACUGGUCCGCAAGGCUGCCGGUCUCGCUGAUGCUGACGGCUUCAUCGAGGCCCUGCAAUACGGAUAUGCUACCAUGGUUGGCUCGAGCGGUCGUUUGAUCAGUGGUGGUCAAAAGCAGCGUGUCUCUCUUGCCCGAGCUCUUGUUAAGGACCCCGCUGUUUUGAUUCUGGAUGAAGCUACUGCUGCUUUGGAUUCACGCAGUGAGCAGCGCAUCCAGCGAGCUAUCAACAACAUCUCCACCGGCCGAACUGUUAUUACUAUUGCUCACCGUCUGUCUACCAUUACCAACGCGGACAAGAUUGUUUGCAUGCACAAGGGUGACAUUUUAGAAGAGGGAACACACUCCGAACUGAUGGCCCAGAAUGGACCUUACUCCGACCUCGUCAAGCUGCAGACUCUGGGAGCUGCGUCUGGCUCUGCUAAGAACGAUACCACUGUGAGCAUCGAGAGUGUCAGCAAGUCUGAUGCUACAUCUAUCACCGAUGUCGACAACGAGAAGGGCAGCGUGUCAAACGAUGCUGAGCCCACCAAAGAAGCCGGUGUUUCCACCACCGAGGCUCCUGCCGGUGAUUCCGCCGAGGAAGAGGAAGAAGAGCCCGAGACCCCACCCAAGACCCUUUGGGCCCUGUGCAAGGGGUACGCGCCGGCUCUCAGACCUUACCUGCUUGUCAUCUUCGCUGCGCUUUUCGGUGCCAGCAUGGUUGGUGGUGCCUUCUCCGGCGAGGCCGUCAUUUUCGGAAACACCGUCGGAAGCUUGAACCCCUGCCACGGUGCAGCUGAAAUCAUGAACCGGGGUAACUUCUAUGGUCUGAUGUUCUUUGUGCUUGCAAUCAUCGAGUUCUUCGCCAACAUCGUCAGCUGGGGAGGUUUCGGCUUCGUCGCUGAGAAGAUCGUCUACAAAGUCCGUGUCUUGUCUUUCCGCUCCUUGUUCGAGCAGGAUCUGCAGUGGCAUCAAUCUGCGGGCCGUUCUCCCGCUCUCCUCCUGUCUUACAUUACUCGCGAUGGUAAUGCCCUCGCUGGCCUGAGUGGCUCUGUCGUCGGUACCCUGUUCUCCAUCACUGUCAACUUGAUCGCCGCCAUCAUCCUGACUCAUAUCAUUGCGUGGAGAAUCGCGCUGGUCUGUCUCGCCCUGGUUCCUCUUCUGCUCGGAGCGGGUCUCAUGGAGCUGAUGGUCCUUGGCAAAUUUGAGGACCGCCACGAGAACGCCUACACUAAGUCGGUCGACAUCGGCGUGGAAGCAGUCACUUCCAUCAAAACAAUUGCCUCGCUCUCCCUCGAGGAGAACACUCUCCAGACCUACCGCCGCUCUCUCAAGGGACCUCGCAAGGAGACCCUCAAGGUCACUUUGCAGGCGAGUUUGUGGCAAGCCAUGACCUACUUCUUGGGUAACAUGGUCAAUGCCCUUGCCUACUGGUGGGGUUCCAAGCAGAUCAUCAACGGAAACUACACCCAAACACAGUUCCUUAUUGUCGUUUUCUCCCUGCUGGUCAGUGCCUUGCUUUGGAGUCAGAUGUUUGCUCUGGCGCCCGAGCUUUCUGCUGCACGAUCAGCAGCCGCCAGAAUUCUUGGCCUUAUCGAGAUCGGUAAGGACAAGAUGAACGGCAAAGUCAAGGCCAUCAAGGGCAAGGACGUCGAGGCAAUCGAAGAGAAGCCCACAUACGACUCCGGCAACAAGGCCUCGAGCGUUCAGCUCCGUGAUGUCCACUUCUGCUACCCUGCCCGCCCAGACAUGAAGGUCUUGAAGGGAUUGAACGUCGACAUCAAGCCCGGCAAGUUCUGUGCUCUGGUCGGUCCCAGCGGUGCUGGAAAGUCGACUAUCAUCUCCCUCGUGGAGCGUCUCUACACCCCUGAGUCCGGAUCCAUCAUCAUCGAUGGCGUCGACGUGACAAAGACCACAGACGUGUCCUUCCGCGACUGGGUCUCCCUCGUGCCACAAGAAAGUGUCCUCUUCGAAGGCAGCAUCGAGUUCAACGUCGGCCUCGGUGCCCGACCCGGACACGACGUCACCAUCGAAGAAAUCCAAGAUGCCUGCAAGCUUGCCAACAUCCACGAUGUCAUCAUGGCCCUGCCGGAUGGCUACCAGACUCUUUGCGGUCCUAGCGGUAACCAGUUCUCCGGAGGCCAGAAGCAGCGACUUUCCAUUGCGCGUGCGCUUGUUCGCAAGCCUAAGCUUUUGAUCCUGGAUGAGUCUACCAGUGCCUUGGAUGCGGAGUCUGAGAAGCUCUUGCAGGAUGGUUUGGAGAAGGCUGCUCGUGGAAUCACGGUUAUUGCCAUUGCUCAUCGUCUCCACACUAUUCGGAAGGCAGAUGUUAUCUUCUUGAUCGAUGGUGGUGUCUGCACUGACUCUGGAUCGCAUGAUGAGCUCCUGGAGCGCUCGGACAGCUACAGGGCUAAUGUCAUGCACCAGACUGUGGCCACUUAA